AUGUCUACCCGUUCAGGUUCUUCAUUUGAUUCUAGUGCUUCAAAAAGAAGAAAAUUGGAAAAUUCCACAAGAUCAGAUGCUUUAGAUCCAGUUGAAAAAUUAUUAAGUUUUGCCAAUAGAGACGAUGAUUUUUUCAAUACUGAAGAUUCUGAACCUACAGAAUCUUAUGAUUCUAAUGCAUCAUCUACUGAUCUCGUAUCCACUCAUAAACGGAUGUUGGAUGCCAAUAUGAAAGUUUAUUAUUCACAAUCUCGUCAAAGGAGAAAUAAUGAUAAUUCAUCAUUUUCAAUUUUAACUGAAAAGAAGCCAAUUUUUGAAGAUUCUUACCAUUAUAAUAAUAGUCAAACUUCAGCUGCUAAUCAAGUACCAUUUUUCAGAGCGGUUAAUUUUAACCCAAAACCAGCAUCUUCAUACACAUUUGAUGAAUAUUUAUCAUAUGAUGAAUUGACUGAUGAUAAUGAUACUGAAGCACCCAAUUCUGAUCAAGAAUCUCUUGAAUCACCUACUUUAAAGUUUAAUACUUUAUCUAACAAGAAUAUGAGUUUCCAUUACAGACAUAAUGAUAAUCUCAAUUUAUCCUUGUCACUUUCUGCAUCUCAACCUGAAACUCUUGAUGUUUUCAAGGCGUUGAAUAAAAGAUGUAUUUUGAAUGGGAAGGCAAGUGAAAUGGUUAGUACUGGUAAUAUGCUUAUUAACGAUUUCUUCUUGUAA